UGGCGUAGUAACGCCUGAUAUGCUUAUUAUGUAUGUUUUGGGUGUUUUCAAUAAGUGUGUCACAAUUGUUUUUAUAUGAACGAAGUGGCCUGAACUCUUCCAGGAAUGUCGGUAAAGUGUGAUAUGAUUUGCUGAGCGUGGUAUCAUGAAUGAGUUUAAAUAGUGUGAUUUGGCCGAAGUGUGUUAUAAUGUGUCUAUAGCUGACAGUGUGGUUUAUAAUAAGUACUGUAUAUCAGUUAUGCUACACUCCAACACCCGGCAGAAGAUCGUGUUUUUUUUCGAAAAUUGAGUUAUUCCAAUGCGUCCUAGGUGUACGUUACGUUCAGCGAUUGAUAUCGUAAUGUUGCAAGAACUGUAGAACAAAUUUACUGCCAUUCAUAUCCAAAUGACUAUAUGAGUUUGACAUACGGUGUGCGUUAUUGACUACAGUUCGCAAUUUGAAGCAAAACGUAUGCACAACCUUCAUUGAAGGUAAAUUUAAAUUUUAAACGCAAAAAAUCUUGAUUAGUUUGUUUGUAAGAAAUUGAAAAAUGUUAACAAUAUUCAUUUGGAAUUGGAAUAAUUGAAACACGAUGAAUUGCGAAACAUAUACAUCAUUCGAUAAAGGAUUUUUCAAAGGUUCUGAUAAUGUUGGAACACUUGACUUUGAUUCUUUCUGAAAGGAACUUUAUGUUACGGGAUGUGGACCCGAUGUCACCCUUUUUGGAUAGUGUUCGGAUGGCUCAGAUGUUCACUCAGGGGCACGUCCAGAUAGCUUGGUUUCUCUUGGUUUGAAAUGGGAGUUUUCAAACAAUGUGUGGUGUUAAAGACGAUUGGGGUUUGUUUCCAUUUUUCAAGUUGUUGAAUGAUGCAAAUUUAGAUUUUGACGUUUUAUAAAAAAGGGACAAUGCAAAAGUUUCAUUGAAAUAUAUCGCAAAGGCAAUUACGCUUUUGCUAUAAGGCGUCAUCCAUCAACCACGUAACGCAAAAAUUGUGAUUUUUCGACCCCGUCCCCCCUACUGUAACAAACUGUAUCAUUGGAAAAACGGAGUCAAGAAGACGUAAACGGCAACGAGACACAGAUACAUUGUAGUCAAACAAAUGAUACGAAAUAUUGAAAGCCGAUCGAAUUCUAAGGAACGAAUCGUUUGCGAAUCGAGUACAUCCGGAAGUUUUUUUUUUCGCAAGCAUGGAUAAAAAGAAUGAAGGCGAAAACAUUGAUAAGGUUUUAUAAUGGUGGAUGAUAUGACCAUAUACAGUAAAGUGCGUGAAGUUGAAAAUGUUGAUAAUCCAGAUGUUUGCAAUCGAAAACAUGUGCACUCGCAUAUAUGAUGAGGAGGGUGGGGAUUCUUACAUAUAUCGUUUCCUUAUCAUCAUUCUCACAAAAAAGAGAUCAGAAUAGAGGGUAAUGCUUUACGCGAUAAGAUUACCCGCCAAUUUUAUUUCUUCGUUUAUCGAUUACAGACCACUUCAGUUCAAUCAUUCAGCUUCUCACAGUGUGUUGUUUAGACAGGGUAAAGUCACCUGGUUCGAGUGUUUUUGUAAACUUAGGGUUAAAAACGGACUGGCAGACGAAGGCGCGAGACCGUGAGCGGUUUCGGACACUCCUGAGGCAGGCCAAGACCGCAAAGCGGCUGUAGCGCCGGAUAAGUAAGUUUGCCUUUACUACUACUGGGCUUGGCUAUCAGUGACUAAUUGAUUACCUGUACAUGUAGUUGAAUGUAGUUAGCACUUAGUAUGGAAGGCAUGGUUCGAAUGGAACUUGUACCCAUGCAGGUCAUGUUGUUCAAGUCGUACGAGUUGACGACUGUACCACGGGAUCGGCCUAACGAACCAUAUUUUUGAACACAAGCUCAAAAAGACUAAUUUGUCGAAUCGUAUCAACAUUUAGCAACAUUUUUUUAUUCGAUUUAGCUUCAUUUAUCAGCUUCAUCACUGGUCAAGAUAUUUGCAGAAAUUACGAACAAGUUGUGUCUACCAUCGAUUUAUUGAGCAACCAAAAUUUUAACACUUUUAGUGUAUGACAUUAUUCAAACAAUACGGCUCAAUAUCAUAGUCUGCUUUCUCUUAUCAAAAGUUUAAAAUCAUCGUUGAAAACACCAACUCAAUCUCAGUUUAAUUUGUACAGUUUCGAUUCAGCGACAAUUUGAACCAGGAACCCAAAACAUGAAUGGACAAGCGCAAAAACGAAAAGCGUCAUUUGACCAUAGUGCAACAGCUGAAAACAAUGACUCGAUGCCGUCAGCCAGCAAAAUCUCAAAACCAUUGGAUGAAAACGAAGCCAAGGGAACGUCUUCCUAUCAUGGUAUGUUUUACCACCUACAACUAGGAAUGAUUAUACUUCUUCGAGCUUUCAAUCUACAUUGCGAACGACAACUACCAAAAUUCGAGAUCACGAUGGAAAACAAGGAUGGCGGCAAGUUUGACGAUAUAGUCCUGCACUACGAAAAUGCAACUGUACCCAAGGGUACUGUUUACAUUCAAGCUAAACAUAAAGAUCCAGUGGGAAAGUUGAAGUCUAUUACACAUCAUGAUUUACUUAGUGGACUUACUUCAAAGGGUCCUUAUUCCAUCCCUACCUACUUUGCGUCAUAUCUGGAGCUUCAACACCAUCGAGAGGAUCUAUCCGAGCAUAAUGCUAACGUCUUGAAAGCGUCCCAUAGGUACGUUCUGUGUACUAACGUAAAGGUAGAUGAUAAAGUUACGAUAAUUGUACCCCAAGCACAACCAUCUGCUGACGGCAUCUCACCUUUGCUAGACAGUAUCGGUGGAAAAAGUUACGUCAUAAAUCAGCAAAACAAUACCAUACAAAAUAGGCUAAGAAAAACCAGUUUGGAAGAGUUAGGAAAGAUGCUUGCAUCUUGCAUUAAAGACAAAAAGGAAAUUAAUGGUGAAGAUUGCUAUAUCUUUCAACUGUACAGUGAUUUAAUUGGAGCCUGCGUUGAAAAGGUUAAGCCGGGCGUAUACAAGUUGAUCGAACAGCCACAAAGUACUGCAGGAAAAACCCUUGCCGGGAUGAUUCAGACUGCUCUAGGAAGUAAAAAAGACAAAUCAAAUGCACCGAAAGAGAAACCCGAAGCGACACACAUUUUGAUAGCAAGCAGGUUUGAGAAACUCCUUUCCAACUCCAACUCAGUCAAUGAGCCGUAUGCAAAAGUUGACGCUAUGAUUGAACAAUUUAGUGAUAAGUUCUUGUUAGUGUGCGGUACAAAAAAUGAUACAGAGCUGCUGGAACAAGCGCUGGGGCUGAUGCCACCAUGGGUCAAUGAUAAGAAAGAUAAGUUUGAAAAUCUACAAAACAUACUCCUUCACGCUCUGAGAGAAAAUCCACGUGAUGAUAUAAAUCUGGAAAACAUUAAAAAGAAGUUCAUAGAACUGAAAGUAAACGAUAGUUACUGUAAGAUUGAAAAGUCUACCAAGCGAUAUUUAGACGGCGAAAGCAAUUUGUAUUCAACCAUUGCUUUAGAACCUUGCUCUCUCAGGAGUCUUAAAAUUCAUAAUUUCUUUAAUGAAAAGUCAUGCGAUCGUAUUCAUCGAUAUUAUACCACAGCUAACAUGAAAAUGAGUUCAGUGAUUGUGAAACAAACGGCACAGCUGCUUGACUACAACUGUCUAAUUGUAGAUAGUACAGGAGGUCAAUUGAAAGACAACUUGUGUACUGUUCUUUUAGAUGUGAUGAAGUUUAUUUCCGAGGUCGGACUAUCCACUAAUACUAUUAUAACGAUUCUUGGCGCAUUGGACGAAGAGCUACUUGCCAAUAUUGAGAAUCAUGCAAGAGCCAAUAUAAUUAAACUCAUCGUCAUUGAACAAGUUGCUGAAAAUGAUCUACCAGAAGAUUGUUUAUUAGUUAGUGAUCUUACCAAGGAGUCAAGGGAACAGCUAUUUGAGCGAUAUAAACAGUUGUUUCUUUUUGAAACAACAAUCGCUCUCAAUCAGAUUGUGCGAAAAACGGACUCGUUGAGCAUGUUAUGCAAAGUUCUGGAAAGAUAUGGUCAUCAAAUCGAUCAAAAUGAGGUUAAAAACAUAAAUCAACGGAACUUUCAAACGAUAAGCUCAUGGUACAUUCCGCGUAGUCUACAGCCAUAUAAUGAUGAUGAAACAAAGUCAGAAAAUAGUGUCGUAGAAUCGAAACUUCGAUUUGAUGGCUUUCAUGGAAACUAUUCUGAGAAACCGUCUUUUGAUAGUUUAAUACUUCCUGGACAAGAUACAGUUGAAAGGUUGGAUGUAGCCAUCACAUCACAAGCAAGUCUCAACUACCAAAUGCCGUACAAGUUUAGUAACCAAUCGAAAGUGCACAUCAUUUUAGAUGAUGCGGGGUGUGGAAAGUCCUCCUAUUUCACCUGGCUUGCGUCGUACUUAUCGCGCAACGAUCCCUCUUUGUGUGUGAUUCGUAUGCAUGCUUUUAAGUAUUCUGCGGAUUUCAACGAAUUGCAGAAAGCACACCUCACACCUGUGGAUGAUAUAACCACAAUCAGGAUCUUGUUCCGUCUAUUUCAACUGACGCUGUUUGCAACUACUGUAAGCAUUCUAUCCGCGUAUGAAUCGAAUGAAAUUAGAAACCAGGCCAAGCAAACGGUUCAAAUUUUAGCAGUUUCGGGCGGAAAAGUAGCGCUUGACGAUGGCACGGCAACCACGUUGUCCCUGAGUGUAGAACAAUUGCUAGUGGUGCGGUUGUUUGUGGAAAAGCUCAACUCAUCGCAAUUCGUUAUCAUUUUUGAUGGAUUUGAUGAAAUUGCCCCACAUUAUAAGGAUUUUGUGAUGUCGUAUUUGGGCAGACUGGCUACUUUUGCUGGAAUUCAUAAGUUAUAUAUCUCCUCAAGGCCAUACAAUUUCAUAGCGGAAUUGAAGAAAACAUUCCAUAACUGUGAGAUAUACCAAUUAAGCCCGUUCUCAAUGAUAGAUCAACUAAAUCUCAUAUAUAAUUAUCUUUGGCGCAUGUCAGCUGAUUGGAAAAAAUGCAGAAAAAACGACCGUUAUCGUGUGUUGUAUCUUUUGUAUGUUCUAAACUUCAGAAGAAUGAGCAAACUAAUGUCUACGCCCUUGUUUUUAUACAUGAGAUGUGCGAUGCUGUUACCAAUACUGGAGCGGUAUGUCGAUUUUUCUAGCCGAACUGUCGAAAGAGCAAUAAGCGACCAACAGUACAUUGAUCAACUUCAAUUAGUAUCGAAUUUUGUAGAGCAAAAGUUAGUAAUAUUGAACGCAGAUAAAUGUGGCACAACCGAUACAGCACUACUCAUUCCUGCUCUGCAGCAACUAACUUUGUCAGCUAACAAGGAUCGCAAAGAAAAGCUAAAGCUGUUUGCGAUUCUUACCCUUUUUCAUGAAGAGGAACGAAAACGGCUGUUGUCAAACGAAGAACAACUGUUAGUCACCAACUACCUAAAGGAAAUACUUCAAGGAAAUGAAAAGACUGGAAUCAUUUUAGGUCUCCUAGAUGACAUACCGCAGUUCGGCCAUCGAAUAUUUGCGGAGUACUUUGCCGCUUGUUGGUUGUUUGGCAACAAGGAUCGAUUCAGGGAAGUAGAUUUUUUCCGAUCGAGAUCCUACUGGACGGACGAAUUUUCUCUACUGCGAGACUUUUUCGAUCGAAUGGUUUUAAGGGAAAGCAUUGGUUGUGAACUGCACAUGGCUGUGCUCAACCGAUCGAACGCACAGGUGGAUGAUAUACUUCACACCAGUCCUGUAGCAGUCGAGAAGAAGGAUGCUCUUGGACGUUUACCAUUACACUUGGCUGUUGUGGAUAAACGUUUAGACACCAUCGAACAGUUACUGGAAAACUUAUCAGAAGAAUCAAUCAAUGUGAAGGAUGGGCUUUUAGGCUGGAGUGCAUUAGAUUAUGCGUUUGUUUUUGGAAAAAUCAGAAUGAUUCUCACGCUGUUAAAACAUAAGGCGAUAGUGCAUGAGCAAACCUUACUUGAACUAACAGUUGCAAGUAAAUUAGGUGGUCUAUUAACCCAUGCAGAUCUAUGUGGACAAUGUUUGAACGCUUAUGAACAUACCAAAAUGUUCGCAGAAAGCUUUCAUCGAAGAGUGGUCGAGUAUUUGCUCAACGAAAAACGUGUUGACAUAUUCCAUCCUCAGGUUGAUCUACACGACGCAUCGAUCGUUGAGGCAAUGAUAGUAGAUAACAUGCAAGAUUUAUUUAAACAAUUCGUCAUUCAAUCGAGAGGAAAGAUUGAGGAAGCCAAAUUCAUAGCAUUGUUGGAAAAGCCAGGCAUAUAUCGAACACACGAUACGACAAUGAUUAUUGCGAGUGAGUUAAACGUUUCUCUUCCAAAGGCAGUUGAUAAUGAAGCACUAAUUGGUACUCUGAAGUUUGCCAUUGAGAGAAAAAACAUGAACUCUUUUAUUUUACAUUUCCAACAACUCUGCUUUAAUCUAAAUAUUCACACAGUUGAAGAUAUGGAAGACAUGCCCUGUGUUGCUGAAGAAGAGUGUAAUUUACCGCCUAUGAUUGUAGAUACAUGUUCCUCUUCCUGUUGUAUCAAUCAAUCCGGAGAUGAAAGUGUUGCUCUAGGAGAUGUAAUCGAAAGUCUACUAAUUUACGCAGUGCGAGAAGGUAACCUACACGUAAUCAGGUACAUUGCUUGCAAGACUAACACCAUCAUCCAGAACGAGCUUAUUCGAACCAUCAUGCAAUGGUUAGUGAAGUUGAAGAGAAACAUUUCUCAUGAAAGAUGUAUACCUGCAUUCAAAUACCUCCUGCAUCAAUCAAUCGAUCUGCACAGUAUCGACGAUGAAGGGCGCAACCUACUUCAUUGGACGGCUCAAAACGGUUGUGUUUUCAUGUUGCACUGCUUGAUUGACAAAGGAUUUGAUUUGUCGGAAGUGAAUUCAACUAACGGAUGGAAUGCAUUUCAUUACGUUGCUUUCUUUAAGGAUGACACAUGGGCUGGAAACCAGCGAAAAUACAAAUUAUUGGAAUACAUUAUGGAAGCUUAUCAAGUGGAUUGGUUCGGUCUCUUGACAAGUAUGUUCGAUCCAAACAAGUUUGGCAGCCUCGCUGUGAGCCUUUCUCCUAAUCAACACAGCCAGUUUAAGAAUAUUGUGACCGAAUCACAAGUCUGUUUGAUGGCGAUGUUUGUUUUGUUUGACAAACCAACAAGAUCUGAGCUGCUUACUUCGGAUGAACUACGCGAUGGUGAUCAAUGCUUGCAGGACAUUGAAAAGGCUUCAGAUCUUACAGGAAUAGUACAAGGAGUUCGAGAUGGGAUUCCUCAGUUCUGUCAUAGAAUUUUUGCGGAGUACUUUGCUGCUUGUUGGAUGUUUGAUAACAAGGAUCGAUUCAGAAAAGGAUCCUUUUUCCGAUCUAGCUCCUACUGGACUGACCAAUUUUCUCGAAUGCGAGACUUUUUCGAUCGAAUGGUUUUAAAGGAAAGCAUUUACUGUGAACUUCACAUGGCUGUACUCAACCAAUCGGAAGAAAAGGUGCUUGAUGUGCUUUUCAAUAAUCCUGGAGAUGUCGAGAAGAAAGACGAUCUUGGACGUUUACCAUUACACGUGGCUGUUGUGGAUGAACGUUUAGAAGAAAUCAACCAGUUGUUGGAAUAUAUGUCUGAAGAAUCAAUCAAUGCGAAAGAUGAGCUUUUCGGCUGGAGUGCAUUAGAUUAUGCUUUUGCCUAUGAAAAUAAUGAAUCGAUUGACAUUCUAUUAAAUCUUCAAGCUACUGUAGAUGAGAAUGUCUUGGUCGAACAAACAAUGACAAAUGACUUAAGAGAUUUAUUGAACCAUGCACAUGUCUGCUUCAAAUGUUUAGAGACACAUGAUUAUACCAAACUGGCUUCAGAUCGCUUUCAAACUAGCUUAGCAAAGUAUUUGCUCGACGAAAAACGUGUUGACAUAUUCUCGCCCCUGCCUGAUUUGCAAAAUGUAUCGGUCUUACACGAAAUCGUAAGGUGUAAUAUAUAUGUAUUAUUUGAACAAAUAGUAUUACGAUUUAGUGAUAAGAUUCCGGAAGAAACAUUAAUUGCGGUUUUUGAAGUAGCAUUAAAGUAUCGAGCUAUCAAUAUUGCAAUGAUUAUUGCAAGUGAGUUAAACGAUUCUCUGCUUAAAGAAGUGGAUAAUGAAACACUUAUUGAUACUGUUAAAUGUGCUAUUAAAAAUACAAAUAUGAAAGCAUUGAUCGUACUCUUUCAACAACUCUGCAUUAAUCUAAAUAUUCACACAGUAGAAGAUAUGGAAGAGCCGAUGCACUGUGAUGUGGAAAAUGAUUGUGACUUGUCGUUUGUGGAUGUAAAUCACUAUCCCACUAACUGCUGUAUUCCAAAUCAUUCCCUAUGUUUUGAAGAUGAACCGCGCCCUGAACGAGAUGUAAUCAAACGUCUACUAAUUUACGCACUACAAGGAGGUAAUUUACAGGUAAUCAGAUACAUUGUUCGUAAAACUAAUACCAUCAUCCAGAACGAGCUUAUUCGGAACAUCAUGCAAUGGUUAGUGAAGUUGAAGAGAACCAUUUCUCAUGAAAGAUUAAUACCUGCAUUCAAAUACCUCCUGCAUCAAUCAAUCGAUCUGCACAGUAUCGACGAUGAAGGGCGCAACCUACUUCAUUGGACGGCUCAAAACGGUUGUGUUUUCAUGUUGCACUGCUUGAUUGCCAACGGUUUUGAUUUGUCGGAAGUGAAUUCAAGAAAUGGAUGGAAUGCAUUUCAUUACGUUGCUUUCUUUAAGGAUGACACAUAUGCUGGAAACCAUCGAAAAUACAAAUUAUUGGAAUACAUUAUGGAAGCUUAUCAAGUGGAUUGGUUCGGUCUCUUGACAAGUUUGUUCGAUCCAAACAGGUUUGGUAGCCUUUCUCCUGAUCAACACAGCCAGUAUAAGCAUAUUAUGACCAAAUCACAAGUCUGUUUGAUGGCGCUGUUUGUUUUGUUUGACAAACCAACGAGAUCUAAACUGCUUACUUCGGAUGAACUACGCGAUGGUGAUCAAUGCUUACAGGAUAUUGCUAAAGUGUCUGAGCUCACGGGAAUAGUACAUGGAGUUAGAGAUGGUAUUCCUCAGUUCUGUCAUGACAUAUUUGCGGAGUACUUUGCAGCUUGUUGGAUGUUUGAUCAUAAGGAUCGAUUUUCCUUUUCCGAUCCGAAAGGAUCCUUUUUUCGAUCUAGUUCAAACUGGACGGGCAAAUUUUCUCGAAUGCGAGACUUCUUCGAUCAAAUGGUUAUACGGGAAAGUAAUUGAUGUACUUUACAACAGUCCUGCAGCUAGUAGUUUUCAGAAAAUAACUCCGAAGAUACAAUCAAUAUAAAAGAUGAGCUUUUCGGUUGGAAUAUUUUUCGAUUUAACAAAUGUUUUCGAACAAUUAUAUAAACAUGGUAAAUUUUAUAUCUUCCCUGCUCUCAAUCAAUGCAAACUUAGUACGAUAAGUAAAGGCGUUAAUUAAAGAGUUUUACAGGAAACAAGCUUUCUUUACAAUUACAAAUACAACAGCUGACACCAGACGGUGCAACGGAAGAAUAAAAUUAGGGGAAAUUAUGGAAAUAAUUAUGCUAAGUUCGGCCAUGGUCUGGGUUAGAUAGGUUCAAGGUAUACAAGCUUUAGAGUAAUAAGCGCCAUCGAAGGUGCUAACAAAAAUUAAUCGAGAGAACUUACGAAAACUUACAAACAAAACUAAUCGAAAUGAAACUUAAUAAUACGUCAGCGACAGUUUAAAAAAAAGUCGAACAAAGAUACUCACAAAUUGUUACAUUCGUAGUAACAACCCUUUAUAUGCACCCGAUGCAUUUGUAGACCGGAGAUGGAUAAAAAAUACCAGAAGUAUGUGACUAAUUAUAGGAACCAUGUGUGCAAAAUAGUGCUCACCACCCUUUUAAAUAUUGCGGAUCUCUUGGCUUUGAAAAUACAUUAAAAGCGGCCCGAAUUUAUUGAAGGCAUACAUUUUAUAGACUUAGUUCUAAGUUUUUAAUCAAAAAUAUGUUUAAAUGUUAUUCUAGACGUCCUUGAUGAAAAUUUAAUCUUGACUGUGGGAAAUAAACUGCACGAUAUGUAUUGAAAUAAA